UAGUGGAUGUUUUAGUAUGGUUGAUAAUUUUUUCCUUUCAAAAACAAACGUGACUUAACCAUUUAAGGUGACAAUAAAAUGCAUCGAAGCGUUAUCUGAUUUAAAGUCUCAGUACAGCGUUGUUGCUUUGGGGCUUCCUCAACAUUUAGAACUACAUCUCCACUUAUCUCUAAAACGUUUGGUUCUGUAAUCUAUCAUGUAAUCGCUGAAGAAUCAUCACCGAAAACAGUAGCUGUAAGUACUAGGCCCAUUAUAUUAGGGAGAUGAAUGCAGUGUUCUGCGUUAGGAAUCAUGUUCUUUUAUAUUAACACUAAUAUUGUACUAUAUUUACAACUUCGAAAGUAGCUCUAAUAAUUUCGUUUCGCUGCGCUAAUGGGGUAUGGAAACUUGAACCGAUGUGGAUGCUUACCAGGUUAUACUUUGCAUUUGACUGACUGAUAUUAGGGGUCCUGAAUAUUACGAAAUGAUAAUGAUGGCUAGUAGCUAAACGGUGUAAUAACAUGUUUUUCUCAAAUAAUUUUGCAAUAUAUUUAGUUUUCAUUUGACAGAAUUAGUUUGAGACGUUGUUCAUAGGUUUUUCCGAGAACAUUAGUUUCAGUGAUUACUAAGUUUACUCGGUAGAUUUCUAUAUUUGUCAAUAAUUGUGUAAAUAUAUCAUACAGCUGUCAUUUAUCCCUCUGAUUUGUAAGUAGUUUGAAAUUAUGCGUACUUUAUCUAUAAAAACUCUAAUCAACCCAUGCUUAUCGUGAUAUGUGGACUUUACAUAAACAUACACCUUAGUGGGGUAACGUUUUUCAGUAACCCAUAUAUUAGUUAUGAUCUACUAUCUGAAGUGUGCAAUCAUGCUGAACUUCCGGUAUUAAAAAAUUAGCCUUAAAAUUUGUAUUUCUUAGAGAUAGAGUUACUCGAAAUAACUAUUUAGAGUAAGUAUUUACACACAAUUAGAGCCUCAUAAUGCCAAUAUAAGGUAGUUGGUUGUUUAGAGAUAAUAGUAACGAUAGCUAUUUACUUUUUCCAAUUCAUGAAGUUACAUAUCCUUUUAGAUAAUUAGAAAAUCUUUUUUUUGACCCCAGUUGCUUUUCUUAAGUUUAAGUAUUGUCCUUUUUCCUGUUCUUUGUAUUAAGUAUUUAUUUCCAUUGUUUACCGGUCAGUGCAUUGAAAAAUAUUUCACUUUCAUUGAAACAGAUAAUAUUUUGCUGUUACUGACAAACAAAAAUUAAACCAUGUCUACUACUGGUGUUAGGUUCUGUCUCGCAGUCCCAAAGUCGUUAAAACAUCCAAAAUAUUCCGAUAAUACCUAUCAAGUACGUGUUGCUCAUAGACUAGCUGAAUGUCUUAAAACGUCCAUUAUGGAAAACCGUCUAAUGUCAACUUUUGUUCCUACUGACAGACAGAUUAACAUUGAGUGUGAUGACCAGCCAGUAUUUACAUCUUGUUGUACAAUUGAUGAAACACCAACUGAUUUGAAUAAUUGUGGUCAUUCUACACACUUUGUUCUGAUAUAUAUACCAAAGUUGUGGCUUAAACAAUGUGCAUCAUUACUAAGACCGGAUUUAUCAAUCGAUAAACAAGAACUCAAUAAUUGUGUUCAAAAGUUAACCGAUGGUCAAACAGCUUGGCUUGCCGAACUCGCUAUUCGUAGUUUAGUUUUGUCUAAGGCACAUAUUAAAAGUCUUGUAUGUGAUUUGGGUUUGUCCUUAAAUCUGAUUGAUAAUAUUGAUGAGUAUAUUUUAUCAAAUCGUCCAGCUCUAUUCAUCUUAGAGUAUUUAGGACUAAUAUCUAAUUUAACUAGAAGUCAUGACAAAAUGGAGAGACGAUCUAUAUGGACCGAUCAUUUCUCCACUUUAAAUGUAUUUCCGAAUUCGGAGAAAUUACGUCAGUAUCUUGGUGAUUCAAUUGGAUUUUAUUUUGUUUGGAUGAAGUCUUAUUGUGUUUAUUUAACUUGUCCGUUAAUCGCUGGUUUAUUUUGUCAAGUGUUCAAUUUACUAAAUGGUCAACAUUUUGAAGAUAAGCAAGUAUCACUGGGAAUUCAUUUAGUUUAUACUAUUUUCAUGAUAUUAUGGGCUGUUAUCUGUACUAAACUGUGGCAACGUGAGUAUAUUUCUUGUGUCGAUCGAUGGUCUGGCAAUGCCUUAAUUGAAUUAGCAGCAAAUGACUUAGCUUGGCUGUUUAACUUUAUUGAUCAGAGACCAACUUUUCACGGCACUUGGAGACAAAGUCGCGUUACUGGCUUGAUGGAAUUGCACUAUCCCGCAGCUAAACGUCGAUUACGUUAUGUGGCAUCCGGUUUCAUUACACUAGCAUGUUUGUUAUGGGCUAUAUUUGUAAAUAUUGCCCUGUUGAAUAUGGAAGUAAGUCAUCUUAUCAUUACGCAGAAUGCUUUAAUAGAGUUAUUUACUUGUUAUAGAGGUACAAUUGAGGUAAACCUAAAUGGUGGAUCUUUAAUUCGCCCACCAAAACAUUGCCCACAUCCUAGAUAAAUAGAUUCCAGAAGACGAAACCUUUUUCAAGUCAAUGGAUGUAUUAUCAGCGAAUUACAGCUGUCAUUUAUAUACUUAAUGUUAAGUAAUUGAAGAUCAUUUAGUUUAUGAAAAUUGAGAUUUAAAAAAAAGAAAGCUCAAAUUUUUAACGUAGAACUGUUCUGGCAUUUGAAACAAUAACCAUUGGUUGAUAGAUCAAGUGGGAGCAAUGUGUCACAUUGUAAUUUAUACACAUUUAACGAAUGAAAAUUGGGAUGGGAUAUGCUGCCUAUAUUUCAAUAAUAACCUAUACAGUGUCACUAUAGUUUCUUUCUUAAUAUAAUGGAUUUAGUAUAGCUGAAUUUUUGCUAUCAAUCGAACCCAAGACACAAUCCUUUCAAGAUUUACAUACCCUAAUACAAAAUUAAUCAAUUGUAGUCAAUAUCAACAACAACAAAAUACAAACCUAUACAUAUAAUUAAAAUCACGGAUAGUUUAAAAUAUUUUUCUCUCUUAGGUAUACUAUGAUAAUACGUUAUAUGAUUAUGAGACUAGUCACGUUAUGCCAGGUAUAAGAUUCACAACUCAGAGUAGAAAACCAGAUAAAUACUAGUUAAUAAUCUAUUCAACACAGUUACAAGCAGUCAAACUUAUUGAGUCCUGAGUAGAAAUCAAUAGCAGGAAAUCACAUAUUUAAUAGUCAGUAAGCUAAGUGCCUGUUUGUCCAUGCUCACCAACCAAUUAUACUUUCACUACCAUAUCAAUAAUAAAUAUCUUGAUUCAUCUCUAAAGUUUUAGUGUUAAACACGAAUAUAUUAUUAGCAUAUUUCACAAAUUGUAUAGUCGACAGUCAACUGAAGAGUUGUAGCCUGUUCAAACUUUCUAAUGGAAUUCAUUGGAUAGGCGCCUUUUAAUCUUUUGAAAUUUAGUAUCUCCGAAUGUUUUUGGUGAAGUGAAUUAAUUCUCAUUUCUUCUCGUCCAGUCAAUCUUCUUUUGAAGUAUUCAACAUUCAUGCUUAAAGUUCACGAAGAUACCGUACAUCUUCGUAAUUCUACAUACUAAUAUUUUUUCAAGUUGAUCUGUUUAAAAGAUUUAUUUGUUUUAAUACACAAUGAAACGGUCCUAUUUCUUGGAUAAGCUUUUAGGCACUAUUUUUAGUAGUCACACUGUCAGUAUCACAGUAUGAUCAAACUGCUCAGUUUAGCGUAGUUUCAUAAUAACAUGCGAAAGAACCCUCUACCUAUUAAAAGGAAAGUAGUCUACCCAACCUUUCGGCGUGCUUUAUCUUAUAGCUGUGAAACAUUAUUUUCCAAUGUAGAGGAGAUAAAUAGGUUAGUAGUAUUUGAUUAUAGAUGUCUUCGAAACUGUUAACACAUGAAAGAACAAUCAAAUGAGUGUUGCUGAGGAUAGGGACGUAGGGUAUUAGGUAAAAAGACGAAAACUAUUUGUGAGUCCUCGUUAACUGACUAACUUUUUGAAAUAUAUGAUUAUUGUAUGGUCUGAAUCGACUAUUGUUUGACGACUGUUUUCAUUAUUCACUAUAUAUUGUUAAUCUAAUAAGUAAUUCACAGUCAUACUAUUUUAUUUGCAUCUUUUAUGUUUUGCUUUGUUUUAUUACGAUAACUUCAUCAUUUUAAAACAUGAUGUUUUAUUUGAUCAAAGUUUAUAUGUCCGGCUAUCUCAGCAUUACAUUCACCAGUUCGGCAAUUAUCUCAACAUUUUAUUGUACCAAUAACUUUACUGCUCUUUCAGCAAUUGCUAGGAUUAUUCCUACUGCUUAUGAUCAAAUAUUCCUGUAAGCUUGUAUCUACCUAUAUAAAGUCUUUUGAUCAGUUGGCUGAAACGAAUAAUCUCACAUAGCGGUGGAUUGUUUCAAAAUUGUAAAGCUCAAACUGAAAGAAUAAGAUAUUAACAUAAAUUAUUUGACAGAUAAUAAAUAAUAUUGAGUAUUUAGUGUUUAGAAACAAUCUUGAGGAGUGCUUGAAUACAUGCUUCGUCUUAAUUAACAUUCAUUACAAAGGUGUGUUUCCAUUCUUGAGAAAACUGAUGUUUUCUGUCAGAUUCAGAGUCGAAGUAUACAGGAAAGUUGAGCAACAUUGCAAGUUGAUAUAUAGAUAUCAGUCAGCAGUAAAGGCUAUUGCAUAUUGUUGAACACGAACUGGUUAUAAUGACAUUUUCCUACCCCGAGAACUUCCACUAAGUAAACCUAUAUUAUAUAGUUUAGACAAUCAAAUAUAUCAUCAUUUUGUAUCGUUUCUUAACGUAAUCACUAAAUUUUUGUGACCUUUAUCGUACUUUAGCUCACACUUGAUAUCAGAAAAGACAUUGACCAGACAAUGAACUUAAUUGUACUCUAAGACAUCCUUUAGCAUUCUUAGCUUUGUCUGUAUUAAAAUGUACAUUGUGUUUUGGUUUUUCAUUACUUUCAUCAUCAUAUCAGAAGAAUAUUGUCUUUUAAUGAUUAAUUUAUGUUCAUUAUAUUCAUUCAUUUCAGUCAUUAUUAGAUUUGAUUAUCUUUUUAUUUAUGUAAAUUAUAUGGUUAACUGCUUAUGUAAUAAUUUCAAUAGUUGCGAUGAUGAGUCAGUUGAAGCUAGAUCACUAUGGAAAACCUGGAAACACUGGAAGGCCAUCUUGUCUUACUGUGGGACUCCUCAGCAGCGCGCAUCCACGACCCCGCCUCGCGGGAUUCGAACCUAGGACCUAUCAGUCUCACGCAUGAGCGCUUAAUCACUAGACCACUAUAAUAGUCGAGAAAUAAUCCUAAACUUUUAGUAUAUAGUAUAGUAUUUAUUAUAUUUUGAUAGUUUUACUAAUUUCAAGCAUAUUUCGAUAGUAAUAUUAUAUGCAUAAAAUUUUAUGUAAAUAAUACUUACAUCUUAAAACCUUUAGUAUUGUAUAGUAACACAAACAGUAAAUAUUGUACACUGAAAAGAAGUGAAAAUAAUCAAAAUAUCAUCACAAAUCAAUAGUAAGCAAAUUAAAAUGAAAGAACAAAUAGUUAUUCACGUUACUUAACUAUUCAUUAAAUUUUUUCUUUAGUCAUCUAUCUAAAAGAGUUAUGAUAAUUCCUAAUACAAAAUAUUAUGGUUUAUUUAACUAAUUUAGUGUCCUACGAAAAAAAAAUAGCAUUACAUAACAUUGGAGAGUAAGUCAAAUUAUAUUAUGAGUUUUGUUAAAAUUUACUUUACACUAAUUCAAACCCUAGAAUAUCAGUAACAGAAAAUUAAAUUCACAGUGAUUCAAUUUUCAAAUCGGAUCACGUAUGUUUAUUGUUUUAGAUGCCAAGAAUAAGACUGGACCUCUUUUUCUUAAUUAUCCACAAUUUUCAAUGUUUAAUUUUAAAAAAUAUCAUUCUUUGAUAAGAACUUACUUUUAAAUAUGCAAGAAUUUUUCAAUUUAUUUAGGUCAAUCGUAAUUUAUGAACGUAUCUAAAGCAUUAGUUUGCUAUAUGUAUUCACAAUACUGGAUAAAUAUUUAUGGUAUGUCUCAAUACUUUUAAUAAUUAAUUAAGAUGUAGAAGAGGUUUAGAAAGAAGACUAGGUGCGUAUUAGUUUCGACAUAGAUAUAAAUUAGUAGAAAUUAUUGUUUCUUAAACUGACUUACUCCUACUACCCGUUGUGGAGGUGCACGAGCCCCCCACCAGCAUUGUCCAUCGAACUCCGUAUUGGGCAAUCCUCUCCGAUUUGUUUCACGUUGCUACUCAUUCCUUUGAUGUCUGCCUCCGAUUCUCGGCAUAGCGUGUUCUUCUGGCCUUUCUUUUUUCCAUUUCCCUUCAGGAUUCCAAGUUGGUGAUUACCUUAAUGUGUGUCCUAUUCGCCUCUAACGUCUUUUCCUAAUUUCCUAUCCAGCUGGAAGCUCGUUUGUUCUCUCCCACAGUUGGCUGUUGCUGGUGAUAUCCGGCCAACGGAUAUUGAGUAUCUUGCGUAGACAAUUGUUUAGAAAUACUUGAACCUUUUAGAUGAUGAUUGUGGUAGUUCUCCACGUCUCAGCCCCGUACAGUGGAAUUGUCUCGACGUUCGUAUUGAAGAUUCUGACUUUGAUAUUGGUUGACAGUUGUUUUGAGUUGUAUAUAUUGUUCAACUGUAGGAAUGCUAUCCUCGCUUUGCCAAUCCUCGCCUUAAUGUCUGCAUCCGAUCCUCCUUGUUUAUUGAUGCUGCUGCCUAGAUGUGGGAGACUUUCCACCUCUUAUAGAAUUUCUCCAUCAAGUGUGAUUGUGUUAAUCCUCUCUGUGUUGUAUUCCAGGAUCAUGCUUUUUCCUCUGUGUAUGCUGAGGCCUGAUGCUGCAGAGGCUGCUGCUAAGCUGACUGUCUUCAUCUGCAUUUGUUCGUGCGUAUGGUAUAGAAGCAAUAGAUCAUCUGUAAAGUUUGAAUCGUCUAGUCGAAUCCAAGCUGUAUAUUGUAUUCCGUACUUUCCCUGAGAUGUGGAGGUCGUCAUAAUCCAAUUAACCACCAGAAGGAAGAGAGGGAGAGAGUAGGCAAACUUGUCUGACUCCGGUCCGCACUUGAAAUGCAUCUGUCAACUGUCAUCCAUGCACGACUUCGCAGUGUAGACCGUCUUUAAAUUCUGGAUGAUGUUGACAAUCUCAGGUACGCCAUAAUGUCGAAAACGUUCCCAUAAUGUUUUCCUAUCCACACUGUCGAAUGCUGUCCCAUAGUCAAGGAAGCUGAUGUAUAGUGACGAGUUCCAUUCAGUUGAUUGUUCAAUGAUGAUCCGCGGUGUCUCAAUUUGAUCUGUGCUUGAGAGGUCCUUGUGGAAUCCGGCCUGUUGAUCUCGAAGUUGGGCGUCGACUGAAUCUUUCAUCUGGUUCAGCAACACUUCGUUGAAUACUUUUCUUGGUACCGAUAGUUGUGUGAUUUCACUGUAAUUGUCGCAGUUGCUGAGAUCUCCUUUCUCUGGUAACCUAAUGAGGUGUCCUUCUCUCCAAUCUCUCGGCACUUGUUUUUUUUUUCCCGAAUCUCCCUGAAUGGAACAUCUUUGCAGUUACUUCCAUAUAUGGCUUCAGUGCUUCAGGUGGUACGUUGUUAGGUCCAGCUGUUUUCUCAAUAGGAAGGUCUACGUGUACUGUUUUCCUUAAACUUAUUCGUAUGGAUAGCUAAGAUCUCGGGGUUCAACGGUGAUUUAAUGUUUAAAACAUUUAGAUUUCAAUGCAAUAAAUCUGAGGUUUGAACCUCACUCCACCUACUUAGGUUUGGAAAUCCUGUUGUUGCCACUAGCCCUAAAAAAUUAUACAACUCAUACUUGGUAUGUGCGUUUUAUCGUCUUCAGUGAUAAAGUUGCUUCCAUACAAUAGGAGUGUUCUGUUAUCACGAUUGUGAAUCUAAAAGAAAUAAAAUGAUUGAUACUUUCGACACAGUAUUAGCAUAGUAUUCGAAACCUUUGUUUGCACAGGUUAGAACUUUUCACAAAAUGGUAUAGCUAAUUACGGUUGAAUAAAACAUAGUUGACUAGUUUCUUAAAGAUAACAAAAAUGUCGGAUUAUAGGUCAUUUUUCGUAUUUUGCUGUCCUUUUUUUAUCUUUUAUCUUCUCACUUCCAUAUUAUCGCUUAGAUUUUUUGUUAUUGUACUGCCUAAUUGUGUCUAACGCCAUAAAUCGGCACAUUUUGACACUGAAUUAAGUUAGUUUAAUUGCGUUAGCUUUAUUUCUAUAGCAAAAGAUAAACAUUCUAAUACACUCUGUAUGAUGUUGAACUCAUGGAAAUUUUUCUACACUAUCAUACAUCCAUGUGUCGUUCGCUUCUCUCUUAGCUGUUGUUGACAUUAUCUUCAUCUCACUUCUUUUCUCACAGGGUUUUAUCGUAGCAGAAAAGUCGCCAUGGUUUCAUAUAGGAUUCGUAAGUCAGUUCGCUGAACCUGAUGCAAUAUUUGAUCCGAACGCCAAUGGAAUAUUAUCGUAUAUUCCUGGGGUUUUACAUUCUUUAAUGGUUUUCGUUAUGAAUCAAAUAAUUUUUCGUGCUAUUGCUGAACAUCUAACCGAAUGGGAAAAUCAUUGUACAAAUAAGGAUUAUGAACGUGCAUUGAUUAUAAAACGCUUCUUAUUUGAAUUGGUUGAUGCAUAUGGUGGUUUAAUUUAUUUAGGCUUUAUAUUAGCUGAUCGUUUGGCAUUACGUUCACUUUUAUUAACAAUGUUUGCUACUGAUUCAAUAAGACGCUUAACACUUGAAUGUAUUAUACCAUACAUAAUUUAUCGAUUUCGUGCAUGGAAAGAAAAACAAUCAAUUGGUUUAAUUAAACGUAACCACAAUAGUGAAAAACCUAUGUAUCAAAUACGUGUUGAACGUGAAUUAUGCGCAGAUAUUUAUGAAUCAUUUGAUGAUUAUUUAGAAAUGGUUUUACAACAUGGUUAUCUUGUAUUAUUUGCUUAUGCAUCACCAUUAUUUAUUACAAUUUUAGCUAUAUUAUGUACAUUUCUUGAAAUACAUUUUGAUGUAUUCAAAUUAUUUUGGGUAACACAAUGUCCUAAAUCAAAUUUAUUACUUAGAGAACAAUCUAUAUGGUUAUUGCUAUUAGGUAUACAAGCUUGGUUAUCUGUAUUAACUAAUGCUGGUUUAUUAAUAUCAGAAAUUCAUCGAUUAGAAAUUUUAACUGAUGUGACUGCAAGCACUAUAUUUCUAAUAUUUGAACAUUGCCUUAUAUUCAUUGCUUUAUGUAUACAUUUUUUAAUAUCUGAUACACCGGUUACUGUACGAGAUGCUAGAUUAGCUCGAGAUUUUGCUAGAGCACGUUUGUUGAGUCCUAAAAAAGAUAAUUAAUUAUACGAAGAUCAUGCUGCACAUAAAUGCACGUAUUACAUAAUACACAAAGUUUAGAAAGUCGUGAUGUGAUAUAUUAGUAAUUGUUUUAGCCUUUUUCACCUACUUAUAUUUAUUAUUUUGUUUGUCCUGAUUACGUUGUAUCUUACUUAAUAUACUUUACAAUUUUAGUAUAUGAAUUUUGUAGACUUUUGUUUGUACUCAUCAAACUUAGACAAUACGUUUUUUUCAAUGAUUUGUUAUUGAAUGAUGUUUUGAACGUUUAUCCAUAAAAGUCAAUACAAAAUGUUGUCUUUCCUAUUAUCAUCCAAUCCAUCAAAAAUCAGUCACAUUUGAUCCUAAGUUAGGAUAAUUUAGAGGACGGUUAAUAUAUCAGUAGCAUUCGUCAACUGUUUCUUCUUAGUCUUAAAUAUCUCAAAAUUGUGCACAUCAUACGAUGUUGAGUUGAAAACUUGUAGGUCUCUCACAAAGCGUGUUACAUUUAGAUAAUUAAACUGGAGUCCAUCAGGGUACAUCUCUAAUUUCAACCAAUCAACUCAAAACAAAUCACUUGUUCAUGUUUAAAGGACAAACCAUUUGGGGAGCACCAGUGGUUGUAAUUAAUUUCCUUAUGUAUUCGAAUCUCUCCAAAUUUAAAAGUGACUAAAUAGUUUGCAUAUUUCUCAGUGACCGAAAGAUCUUAAUACUGUUUCC